AUAUAUAUUUUCAAAUUUCAGUCCAUUUUUAUGAAUAAUUAAAUUAUACAUAACAUUUGUUUUUCCCGAUCCAGAGGGUCCAACAAUUAUUGCACGAAUACUGUCUGGAAAUAAUGAUCCGUGUCUUGAUGGUUUCUUAACUAUCUGAGAAUCUACGUUUACAAUAUCUAACUUAUUAUUCUGUUCAAUUAGUUCCAUAUUAUAUAAGAAUAUAAAUAGUACAACAAUUGGAUAAAUAAUGUUAGUAGUGUAUGAUGCGUUCACUUUAUAAGUCUAAACCAAUUAAAACUGGUAAAGGAUUAUUAAAUUCAGCUAUAAAUAGUCUUCCGUUUGAAAUUCAUGUACCAGGUUACCAAUUUUGUGGACCGGGUACAAAAUUAGAGAAACGAUUAGAACGAGGUGAUAAAGGUAUCAAUCCAUUAGAUUCAGCGUGUAGAGACCAUGAUAUUGCAUACUCAAAGAGUAAUAACUUAGUUGAUAGACAUAAAGCAGAUAGAGAAUUAGAAAAUCGUGCUUGGGAAAGAGUAAAAUCAGGAUCUAUAAAAGAAAAAGCUGUUGCGUAUGCUGUAAUGAAUGCUAUGAAAGCAAAGCGAAAAAUAGGAAUGGGUUGUAAC